AUGGGUUGUUGCAUGAGCGCAGAGGAUCAAGAAGGGAAGAGGAAAAACGAUGAGAUCGAUAAUCAGCUCAAGAGAGACAAGAUGUUAAUGCGGAACGAAAUUAAAAUGCUCCUAUUAGGUGCUGGAGAGUCAGGAAAAUCAACUAUUCUUAAACAAAUGAAACUUAUUCAUGAUGGUGGUUAUUCUGCUGAAGAGAGAGAAUCAUUUAAAGAAAUAAUCUUUUCUAAUACUGUCCAAUCUAUGCGAGUCAUAUUGGAAGCUAUGGAAAUGAUGAACAUUUCAUUUCGCAGUGAGGAUGCCAAGAAACAAUCAAUGAUAAUUCUUAAUAUGCCAAAUCAAAUAGAAGGUGACCAUUUGCCUUCUAAUGUUUCGAAUUCUAUCAAAAUUCUAUGGGCUGACAGUGGUACUGAUUAUUUCCCAACUAAUCAAGAUGUACUACGAUCGCGUGUAAAGACCACUGGUAUUACUGAAACUACAUUUUUCAUUGGUGAAUUGACUUACCGCAUGUUUGAUGUUGGUGGUCAACGUUCGGAGCGUAAGAAAUGGAUUCAUUGCUUUGAGAACGUAACUGCCAUAGUGUUCUUGGUUGCCAUUUCCGAAUAUGAUCAAUUGUUACUCGAAGAUGAGACUGUGAAUCGUAUGCAAGAAGCAUUAACACUUUUUGAUUCAAUCUGUAAUUCACGAUGGUUCGUGAAGACCUCAAUAAUCCUAUUUUUGAACAAAAUUGAUCGGUUCCAGGAAAAAUUACCAAUUUCUCCAAUGGCAAAUUACUUCCCUGACUAUGAUGGCGGUGAUGAUUAUGACGCUGCUUGUGAUUAUAUACUUAAUAGAUUUGUAUCAUUGAACCAAAGUGAUGCUAAACAAAUUUAUACACAUUUCACUUGUGCCACUGAUACCCAACAAAUAAAGUUUGUCAUGGCAGCUGUUAACGACAUUAUUAUUCAAACUAAUUUGAGAGAAGUUGGAUUAUUAUAA